UUCAUUUUACAACGCCAGUACGUUACAGUACUAGUCAUUGCCCACGCUGAAUGUUAACGUGGUACAGUGACUUUGCCCAUCUUUCAAUUUCGGGUUUUAGGAUUUUUCAGGCAGAAAUUCUCCACAACUUGCUCGAAAGGAUUGAAAUGUUACAGUUUAGGUUUUCGGCAGUGCUGAAGGAGUUGUUUCAAUCCAACCUAAAGCGCCCUUUGACAGGUAUUACAAGAAAUAAAACGUCGUUACCAAUCCACUACUGCUCCAGCAACGCCUCUCUUGAUGUCCAAGUUAGCUUCAAAUUGAAGCUUCUCCAUGCCGGUGUCCACCGCCCUUUGCUUUGCGCCGCACCUGGGACCCGGACCUACUGCACGAAGACCGAAGGUGCUGCUAUACCUGUGACCGAAAGUGCUAUACCGGUGACCGACCAGGAGAAGAAAGAUGAGACUGCCACAGAAGCAGCGACGGAGAAGAGAAGGAAGGCAGGCAUCCUGCCCAGUCUGGAGGACCUGCUCUUCUACACCAUCGCAGAGGGCCAGGAGAAGAUCCCCGUCCACAAAUUUCUCACAGCACUAAAGGCCACAGGACUACGCACAGGAGAUCCCCGGCUGAAGGAAUGCAUGGACACCCUUAAAGUAACCCUGAAGAACACCUCGGACGGAGUCAUGCUGGACAGACACCUCUUCAAGAAAUGUGUCCAGAGCAACAUAGUCUUGCUCACCCAGGCCUUCCGCAAGAAGUUUGUCAUCCCCGACUUCCAGUCCUUCUCUUCUCACAUCGACGAGCUCUACGAGAGUGCCAAAAAUCUGACUGAAGGCCAGGUUGCAGACUACAUUCCCCAGCUUGCCAAAUUUAGCCCAGACCUGUGGGCCGUGUCUCUGUGUACAGUGGAUGGACAAAGACACACGGUAGGCGACACCAAGGUCCCCUUCUGCCUGCAGUCGUGUGUGAAGCCGCUGAAGUACGCCAUCGCCGUGCACGACCACGGCACCGAGUACGUGCACCGCUUCAUCGGGAAGGAGCCCAGCGGCCUGCGCUUCAACAAGCUCUUCCUGGACGAGGACGAUAAGCCCCACAACCCCAUGGUGAACGCCGGCGCUAUUGUUUGCACCUCACUGAUAAAGCAGGGCGCGAGCAAUGCUGAGAAGUUUGACUAUGUCAUGAACUUCCUGAAUAAGAUGGCAGGAAAUGAGUAUGUAGGCUUCAGCAACGCCACAUUCCAGUCGGAGCGUGAGUCAGGAGACAGGAAUUUCGCUAUCGGCUAUUACCUGAAAGAAAAGAAGUGCUUUCCUGAGGGGACAGACAUGACGUCCAUUCUGGAUUUCUACUUCCAGCUAUGCUCCAUCGAGGUGACCUGCGAGAGCGCCAGCGUCAUGGCGGCCACCCUGGCCAACGGCGGCUUCUGUCCAAUCACGGGCGAGCGCGUGCUGAGCCCGGAGGCAGUGCGUGACACGCUGAGCCUCAUGCACUCCUGCGGCAUGUACGACUUCUCUGGCCAGUUCGCCUUCCACGUGGGCUUGCCAGCCAAGUCGGGCGUGGCGGGGGGCAUCCUUCUGGUGGUCCCCAAUGUCAUGGGCAUCAUGUGCUGGUCUCCUCCGCUGGACAAGCUGGGCAACAGUGUCAGAGGCAUUCAGUUCUGCACGGACCUGGUGUCUCUCUUUAACUUCCACAACUACGACAACCUGAGGCACUUUGCCAAGAAGCACGAUCCUCGCAGGGAGGGAGGCGACCAGAGGCAGUUUACCUUCGGACCAAUGGAUUACGAGAGCCUUCAGCAAGAGCUAGCUCUCAAAGACUCUCUGUGGAAAAAGGUGGUGCCCACUGAUUGCCACGAGGACAGCUCCACCACUGUAGUCUAUAGGAUGGAGAGUGUCGGGGAGCGCAACUAGGACCCACUCUCUUCUCCCUUCCUCCCACCUUCUCCUGUCCCCUUUCUACACCCAUAUAUGACUUCAUAUAUUUAUAUAAAUUAUCAAGAGGAUUAUUUAUUUCUAGAAGUUUUUUUUUUUUUUUUACAUAAUGUAAUGUCACAUUAUGUACUGGUGAUGAAUGAUAAUUGAUCCUACCUGGGUUACUGUAACUUUUUUUUUAUUUCUGUGUCUCCGUGGCUGCAAUCCAAACGCUUAACAGACACACCCUCAGCCCUCAAAUGAAGUGGACACUUCUGAUGAUAUAUCAUGAUGUCUGACGAGUUGACACUUGCGUUGUGAGUUAGGAAGGAAUGAUUUUUAAAUGGACCGCCCUUGCCCGGAAAUUCGUCACUCGUUCGUCCCGCAACGAUUGUGUUUUCAUUCACGGUAGCUUGUGCGUGCUUUAUAUGCGCUCCAGUCAAUUAUGAGUGCAUGUCUAUUUAUAUUAACUACAUAAUUAUUAAUAUAUGCCUACUGUAUCAUAGCUAGAAAAUUAAUUAGCUAACUAACCUGUCUAGCUGGAACUUCUGAAGGGGAAUGUUUUAUUUCUACAAUUUCCAAAAGCUAACCAAACAAAAACAUCAUUACUUUUACGAGACGUGUUUGUGUAGCACAAUUUGUAACUUCUUUACCUUCGUUUUUACUUACACUUGUAUGUUGACUCCAUAUUGACGUUGAGGUUUUAAAUUUUGGCUGACUUUUCUUAGCGGAUGUACAAUCAUUGCGAAUUGAAUUAUGGGGUGUUUCAGGCCCCGACGCGAACAUAAUUGUACACUUGCAAACUCUAUGAAAAACGAGGGCUGAGGGGCUUACGUUGCAAACUUCCCUUGCUUGGCUAAUCAUUUGGACCAACGACAAAUAUGGCUGUGGGGAUUCCCCCAAGGGAAUAAGGCGAGGGUAAGUGGAAGAGGGUGUGUCUUUUAUGAGUUUGAAAUGCAUCCCUUGUGUUUUUGGGGUCCCUGCAGAGCUGAGGGAAGCCCUUCCAGCUGCCUGUCUAGAAUGUCAGACUUUAGGGGCCUGAAGGGAUUGCCUGGCUCAGAUUGAGGCUUUGCAAGUAGACUUGAUCCAUCAUUUCAUGUGUGCUUCAAUAUCUACUGACAGGUUUGAAGUCCUGUAUCUGUCGAACAUGCCAGUGUGGGUAUUAGGCCCAUUGUAAUGUGUUUGUUAACCAAAGCGAGGGAGGUUUUCUCAAACCAAAAGCCAAGGGAAGAUGUGGAGUGUUGUGCUUUGACACAUAUAAAUAUAAUGUAUCUCAUUGUAUUUAUAUGCGUUGACAGGCUCUUGAGGUUACUACAAGCUUAACUCUGUUGAUCUAUGUGUGUGGGUGAAGUGGGAUUUUUGAAGUAGAGGACACCUUUUGGUAACAGGAUAUCCUUGCCGGUCCCUCCCGUUUUUUUUCUUUUCUUUUGGUCUUCAUUUUUUGAAAACAAGGAACAGUAGCCUUCCUUUGCUUAUAGUAGCUAGCUGGCUUUAACCUGGCUAAAAACAUAGCAAGCUAGCUAGUCUUUUUAGCUCCCCACAUCUCCAUGUGAAAUAAUCCGAUUUAUCAUUUAGAAAUAUGCCCUGGCAAAUGUUCUUCUACUUGCUGGUGUAAGCUAAAACAUGAUCCCAGUUUGAUAUACUGCUUGUUUAUUCAUUCCCAUAUCAGUUAAAAAUAGAACAGCAUGUUUUGGUCAUGGAGUAAAAAAGCACAUGGCUAGCAAGUUGGCUACAGCAGGUUUUACCAUUUCACAGUAGCCUGGAAUCACUAGUUACUAUUUCUAAACAAAAUAAUGUUUUGAGUGGAUUCAGUUGCUGAGAUAUUUGUUUAUCAAUGCAAAAUAGUCUACUUUGAUGAAUUGCCUAUAUAUAUAUAUAUAUAUAUAUAUAUAUAUAUUAUAUAUUAUAUAUUAUAUAUAUAUAUAUAUAUAUAAUCAGAUCAAGGAACCAAGCAAUAAUACUGCCCCCACGGCUGCAGAAGUAAUGAUACUGCAUGUCUCAAUUUUCAGGUAGUAAAACAGUCCGCCCCUUUUGUGAUGAAAAACGACAUUGCAACACUCCGAUAUUUUCGUCUGCAUAGAGCUUGUAGUAUGCUUUUAGAAGAGCAAACUGAGAUUAUAACAAUAAGGCACUUAUCAGGCGUGACACGGAGACGAUAUCAGUCGGACCAUUCUAACUUGCAUGCCAGUGCUUUACCUUUCACAUACCAGCAACGCAUCUCACAUGAGACGAUUUCUCAACUGCUGUUGAGUGGACCGAAGCUUUUCAUCAAGGACGUGAAAGGUGAUUCAUUCCACCCCCUUUUGUGUGCGCCUUUUUGUAUUUGAGUGGUGUGUGUACCGUGUCGAUCUAAGCUGUGACGCAUGCUGAGGGGACAUUGACCCUGGCUCAGACAGACAAGACACCGCACAAACCUUUAGUUUUCAUGACAUAGCCUAGUGGAAUCCUGCUGGAUCUAUUCCAUAGGCAGUUGCAGUAUGUAUAUGUCAGAUGGCAUAUCAUGGUUAUAUAGGUCAUACGUAUAUGUAUUGUACAAGUCAGUAUACCAUUGAAAGUGUGAUCACACAUUGUUACCAAUUAUAUUUAAUCUGUAUUAUUACUGUGAAUUACGCUUAGCUACCCUUAAAGAGGAAGAGGAAACCAGUCCUCUUAUCUAUACUGUAGCUUAAGAAUGCAUCAUGUUUAUUUCCAUAUGCACUGUACAGUAUCUACAGUUUUCCCAAAGACUGUAUUUGCCUGACGUGUGUUUUGGGAUGAUUGUUAUCUUGCAGUAAGCUUGAUGAAGCUCAACAGCAGCGCAGAACGGCAAGGGAAUCAACUUAUUUCACAAACGUUGGCCACAUUUGCACAUGUACGUCAACCAAGGCCGUGGGUGUCCUGCUGCUGGGGCUGUUUUUCUUUCAAUGUUUUUAUCCAAUCAUGCUUGAAACUGAACUGUUGAAUUGGUAUACACUGUAUGUUACGCAUGGCUUCGUCAUGAAUGUGCGCUUCUCGUGGGUCCAUAUAAGUCUAUGGGUCCCAUACCGGUCAAGGUUGGGGUCAAUUUGAAUUGAAGUCAAUUCAGGAAGUGCUUUAAAUGUAAAAUUCAUAAAUGGAAAGAAUUUUGAAAGAUACAUGGCUUCUCCCUUUCAGUUUGUUGGCAAGUUAUUGAACGUAGAUGCCCUGUUUUUCAAUUAUUGAAUUAGAAUUUAUUAAUUUAAUUGGAAUUACUGACUUGACCCCACCCUAUCCCAUAUACUUUUAGUUUGUUUUUAGCUUCUUUUAGUAUCAGACUUACCUCAAAUAUAUUUUUGUUGUUUUGUCAUGUCUGUAUGCUUGGACUUCAUUUAAAAUUGUGAUUUGGAACUAGGACUACUAUUUCACUAAGGAUGUUUUUUUUUUUAAAGUGUAGGCCUUUGAGAUGUCAGUCAGUGUGUGGUGCAAAGCAUUACAAGUCUCUGUCACUGUGGAGUGAAGCUAGCUCUAGCUAGCCUAGCAGCUAACGUUAACUUGCUUGCUAAUGCUAAUUUACCAAAUAAUCAGUUCUGUUAAAUCAAUCCUAUUUAUUUGUACUGAAAUUGUAUCUUUUUUUCUGCUACUCGUAUUUUCUGAAACACGUUUGAGUGGGUUUUCUAGUGUCUUGCCCAUGUUGACAUAAUAUGGAGAAUGCAGGGGCUGAAAGCUUGCAAGACUUAGGAGUUAGGUUGACGUUAAAGGCUACAGGAGGAAGUUAUGGGGCUUACUGAACCUUUCUACUCUACUGCAAAAUGUGUCUAAUAACCCCAAUCAAAUUUUACACAAGGGUUUUUUUGAAUGCCAUACCAGUAUUUUCAUUACAAUUUAUGAUUUUUAUGAUUUCACAGCAACAUGUUUAAUGUUUCCCACAAUGUCAUUAUUUUACUAUUUCUUUCAAAUGGCAUAUUUUUGUCUGAUUUAAUAAAUGUGUUUGAAUCACACAUUGAUAUUUUAAAGUUCAUUUUAGUCCUCCUUGCAUGUUUAUUUUUCUGUUUCAUUCCAUAUCUGUGCCUUGGAGAAAACAGCUGUAGCCCUCCAAGUCUAAUACACUAUACACACCAGCAGCCUGCACUGUUAACUUAUUGAGAAUGUGUAUCAGUGCAUUUAACAUGAACUUCUCGUGAGCUCCUCAGAUCUUAACCGGAUCUACCUGGAAUGUUGAUUUAUUACUCUAACUCAAACUGGUUUUGGUGUCUUGGGCAUAAAAGGGUGUUGCUUUCUCCUCAUAGUAAAGACACUGACUCUUGGUUUGGAUGAAAACACUAGGUAUUUGUCUUGUAGAACUUUGUAGUUCUACAAGAGGCCAGUAUUGCAAAUACAAGCAAAGAGCUUCAGUAGUUGUAAUGCUAGACGUGUGUUGCAAUGACAGGUGAAGUACUUGUUGAAAUCAUGUUGCCUUGCUGCCAUGUUAUAAACCAAUAAAGUACUAUAACCAACAAA